UUGAAUUCAAGAUUCGGUCAUACUGUUUAAUUGGCUAAAUUGGCUUAAACUUGUUGCAGCCAUGGCCGAUCUGGUGAGAGGAGAAGCCUCCGAAUCCGAUGAGGAAAUGCAGGACAAGCACAAGAUUUUUGCAGCAGAGGUGCCUGGCGAGGCAACCGAGGAUGAUGACGACGAUGAAGACAUUUAUGAGCAGAGAAGGAGCACCCAUGUGCCGUCCAGCACAGCCUCGAUCUAUCGCAACAACCUGCUGCAGCGCAAACUAAUUGAAAACAACAUUGCCGUUUUGAGAGAUCUGACAGCUCUGACCCGCAACCUGGUGGUAAACGCCUCCAAACAGUUGCUUACCACUGAUCAAAUGCUCAUCAAGUCCCAGCUAUCCAUGCAGUCGGCACACACUUCCCUGCAGCAGGCCCAGCGCCAUGUUAGUGAGCUGCAGUCCCGCACGGCGGCCGUGAUGGCUGGCAGCAGCUUUCUACCGCAUAUAAAUAUUACGAAUGCCUGAGAAUUUACUACUAGCACACACAUUAAUGAAUAAACGAACCAAUGUAGCCUAAUUCUCUGUAUCGGAGUUGCGAGACUACGCCUGACUGAAC